AUGAAUCCUCACCGAUCGGCUGAGCGUGGCUCGGAUACCCAGGAUCUAGAAUCUGCAAUCAGUGUCGAUGCCGAUGUCGAUGUCAAAAACUCCAAACUUGGUAAACUUACUUCCAAUAAGAUCGACGACGAGAAAGAUGGCCCUGGAGACAGUAACUCAACUUCCCAAAGUAAAGACCAAAAUGAGAUUGGGAGUUCAAGCCAUCCGCAGAUGAGCAGCUUACAAUUCUACGUCGCGAUGGGAUCCAUUACCCUAGCCGUCCUACUAAUAGCUCUCAACAAUACCGCCUUAGGAACUGCUAUCCCCGCAAUCACGGCAGAGUUUAAUACCGUAGAUGAUAUCGGGUGGUAUUCUUCGGCGUCUCUAAUAGCAAACUGUGUUAUGGUCCCGCUCGUCGGGAAAAUAUAUAGGGGCUUUAGGAUCAAGCUCGUAUUUAUUACCUUCAUAAUUAUCUUCGAGCUGGGCUCCCUGAUUGCCGCGCUAUCUACGUCUUCCAUGAUGCUCAUCAUCGCAAGGGCCAUAAGUGGUAUAGGUGGUUCCGGAAUUAUCAACGGCAGUUCCACCAUCGUCGCCGCAACCGUCCCGAUAGCGAAGCGGUCGUUUAUAAACGGCAUCAUACUCGGCUGCUUUGCCGUGGGCCAGGCAGCGGGCCCCCUAAUCGGCGGAGCUCUAACGGAAGGGUUGUCAUGGCGCUGGUGUUUCUACAUCAAUUUACCUCUAGGAGGCCUAGUCGUCCUCUUGUUCGUGUUCGUGGUGAGGUUACCCGUAACGAGACUCUCGGAAAAGAAAACCACCCUCGUAGAAAGAGUCCUCGACCUUGAUUUUGUCGGUUUCGUCAUCUUUGCCGCCGCGUCCGUAUUGCUCUUAGUCGGACUGCAAUGGGGCGGCACGAAAUACCCCUGGAACUCGCCUAACGUAAUCGGACUUAUGUGUGGCGGAUUGGUAGCCUUCGGAGUGGUCGGAUUUUGGUUUGCUUACAAGGGAGAGUCCGCUUUACUGCCGCCCCGACUGCUACGAAGCCGUGUCAGUAUCAUGAUCACGAUCACGUCGUUCCUACAAAGUGGCGGGUCCGUUAGUUCAUUGUUUUGGCUGCCCAUAUGGUUCCAGGCCAUCAGAGGCGUGAAUGCUCUGCAGAGCGGCGUGAUGCUUCUCCCUUUAGUGCUAUCGCAACUAUUCGCGUCCGUAGUAUGCGGAGCUCUUGUUCAGAAGACGGGUUAUUACCUUCCGGAGGUGGUUGGAGGAAACGCGCUCGUGGCGAUUGGAGCUGGGUUGACUGCAACUUUCUCUCUAGCCACUUCUGAUGGGGAAAUUAUAGGAUAUCAGGUUCUCAUGGGAGCAGGUCGUGGCUUUGUCUUACAACUCCUCGUCCUUGCUAUGCAAGCGAACGUCCCCAGAGAAGACGCUUCGAUAGCAUCGGCGUACGCCAUGUUCUCUCAGCUACUCGGAGGCGCGAUCUUCUCGGCACUCGCAAAGACUAUCUUCACUAGUUCUAUAGGACCGGCCCUCCAUAAGUUCGCACCCGAUAUCGACCCGAGUUUGUUAAUUAACACGGGCGCAACCGAAAUAACUAAAGUCAUACCCAAGAGCCAAGUAAAAGGCGCCCUCCUAGCGUAUAAUGAAGCCAUCAACAACAUAUUCUAUCUCCAACUUGCGGCGGCAAGUUGUGCUUUCUUAACCGGUUGGGGAAUGGGAUGGAAAAAUCUAAAGCACUUGAAACAAGAAAAAGAGCCUGUAGAAAAGGAUGGUGAUUAG